GCGUGGCUGCGCUUACCGCUAAACUUCAUGAAUUUUGGUGGUGUCGCCCCUUGCAAACAUCGCUACCAGCUUACUCCCCUCCGGCACUGGCCGCGAAUUGGCAGGCUCAUGGGCUUUUGCGGCAUGGGCUUACACAGGGCGCUCAUGGUACCGUAUCGGCUGGGCAGCAGCCUCUGUGCAGCAAACGCCUUGGAUCCCCACAUCAGUGCGAGAGCACAGUGGGCAUCUAGCCUCCUUUUAUGGAGAAUUGGCGAGGUCACAUUGGCCGUUGACAACGCGUCAGCACUGCAGGUUGCAGCGGGCUUCGGACAAGUCUCACCUGCUGAGUUCACCGACACUUUCCCUUGGUUAUGGCUGAUUCCCGCCUGUACCAUGAAGGACGGACGCCCAGUGUACGCCUUCCGAACCAGGGCGAGAGAGAAUCAACCCGCGACUGUAUGCACUCCUCCCGAGCCAAAGCCAGACUCCGGCAAGGACCACCAGAAGCCCCAGCAUCUCGACCUGCAUAUGCUCACAGCUAAUGUUCAGACGAUGAAGGACGCUGCUUGCAGCAUCUUUAACCCUUCAGGCCUCGCCGCGCGAAGGCAGUACCUCUAUCGCCAGAUGCUAGAAUGCCAAGCAGACGUUGUCUGUAUCCAAGAGGCCCGCAGUAAAGCAGGCCGAUGGAACGGUCCUGGCAUUCUGACGUGGCGCUCGGGGGCGAGUAAGGGCCAGUACGGGUGCGAAGUCUGGGUUCGUGCCGAUGUUGCCCAACCAGCCCUUUCCCUUCAAGACUGGCGUCUAAUCGCCUCUACGCCACGCAUACUCUGCCUUACCUGUGUCGCGCCACAACUGCCGCUCACUGUUAUUUCGGCGCACGCCCCCCACGCCGACCGGCCGGACUCAGAGGCUCAGGCCUUUUGGCACUCACUAAGGGAGGUGAUCCGCAAGUGUCCCUCACAACGAGCCAUAGUCAUAGGCCUCGAUGCGAACGGAGAUAUACAUGCUGCAGACGAAGACCAAGCCCUCAUUGGAGAGCUCUUGGCCACGUCCGAACCCCGUCGUAACGACGACUGCCUCCUGGAGUUCUGCCUGAUUGCCGGUUUUGAGGUGCCCGGUACUUUCUCUUCCAUCCAACACGGCCCAGGCGUGCUACCCGUCAUGAAGCAGAGCACAUCAGCCAGUCCUUCUGGGAAUACCUUGCGUUUGACCCAGCUUGCCCUAGGCACGCUGAGGCGCUCCAUGCCACGUAUAAGGCAGCCGUAUCUCCAUGAGUUGACAGACCCUCCGCCAAUCAUGGCUCAGGGCUGUCUGGGAUGCAUGGAGGAGGCGACCGUUCGACCGGACGAGCUGGAAGAGCAAUUUCGAGCACAAGAGGGGGGGCUGCAUGUCACUGAGGGCCAGUUACAGGCUAGAAUGCGCCGGUGGGCCGAUACUGAAGCCGCUGGCUGCCCCGCUGCAAUGCCUUCCCUGCUCGAACUUGAGCAGAUUUGCCUGAGGCAGAAGGGGGGCAAGGCUCCAGGCCCGGAUGCAAUACCUAACGAGCUCUGGAAGCUUAACCCUCCCAAGGCAGGUCGAUGGUUAUGGAGCCUAUGCACACAAAUCGCGCUCAGUGGGCGUGAGCCUUCGCAUUUCAAGAAGGCUCUCCAAUGCGCCCUUUACAAGAAGGGUCCCGCCUCACUGCCCAGCAAUUACCGGUCAAUUGCCUUACUCAACGGUGUUGCCAAGAUAUGGCACAGCCACAUCAGAGGCACUCUUGGCACCGCCGUCAUUAACGGCUAUGACGCCUUGCAGCUGGGUGGACGGAAGCGAAUACCUGUCGCCUUUGCGGUUACUACUUUUCGUAAUGUGUGGGAGCUGAGUGUAGCACAAGGGUUCUGUUGCGCGGCCCUCUUUGUUGACAUUCAAGCUGCUUACUACGAAACUAGCCGGCAACUGCUCUUUCAUGGUGAUGAGUCGCUCGCCGAACCGGACGAGCCUAGGAAGCGCCACUUGACAGCUCUUUCCCACCAGCUCGCUUGCAAUGGAGCACUGGCCGAGAUCGGCAUUCAGCAGGAUGAGCUUGAUCUACUGUUGGAUUGCGUCGCCUGCUCGCAUUGGCAGAUGGCAGGGUCGAGCAACAUAUACAUCGCCACCAGGGGUUCCCGACCCGGUGACGGUCUAGCCGAUGUGCUGUUCGGGGCUCUCUUCUCUGUCGCUCUUCGACACAUCCGCCGUCAAUGCCAGGCCGAAGGCAUCACUCAUACGGGAGCGGGGCAACUCAUCGGCAACAGCGGUGAUGUCGUACCGGUAGGCUGGGCAGACGACCUUGCUGUGCUCGCCGAUUUCGAAAGCCCUGCUGCCCUCCAGGCCAUGCUUCCCCGCAUGACUGAGAUUGUAGUCAGCACUCUUGAGCACAUUCGAUUCCGUGUUAAUCUGGGGGCUGGCAAAACCGAAGUUAUGGUAGACAUCCGAGGCGCGCAGGCAAAGCAGGCCAGGGCCAAUCUUCUGACUGGCAACUCUGCUCUUCCUCUUCCUGACGGACGUGAGAUCCGCAUCUCUCCUGAAUACAGGCAUCUGGGAGUUAUCCAGCAACCUCGCGACAAUGGCCGUCGCGAUCAGGAGCUCUGCCGACAGCGCGCUCAGGCUGCCUGGGCACAGGCCAGAAGUCUUUAUGCCUCUACAGCUGUGCCGUGGGAGCUUAAACAAGCCUGGUUGGCGGCCCGUAUUCUUCCGGCGGCGUAUGCCACUCUCGCAACGAAUACAGCCUUGUCCCGGCGAGCCACAGCACCGCUCGAGGGGUUCUUUGAGCGCGCCACCAGAGUACUAGCACAGUCGUGGCAGUACGGGCAUUACCUCACGAAACCGAGCCUCCUUCUCUUGGCUGCACUCCCCUCACCCGAACAUGCCUCUGUCGUGGCGAAGGUGCGGCUAGUCACCCUCCUGUGUAAGCAGGCCCCGGCAGCUGUAUGGGACAUCCAUGAGGCCUGUUGGAACCGUGCCACCCCUUGGAGCGAGCACCUUGUGGACUCUUGCCGACGGGUGCUGCCAGCAAUCCCACAGCUCACCACCGAGCAACAUGUCACUCUGUAUCUCCUCCAGCGCAAUACGCAAGCUUUUGUGAAGGCAUGCAAGCACCUCAGCCGCUUCGGUUCCCCAUACGCAGCAUAUUGGGAUUUGUGGUCCGACGUCAUCGUGGCCUUCCCCCUCUUCGUCUUCCGGGUCCUCUGA